UGGUAAACAAAUAUAAAUAUUAUCGAAAUUUCGAUCUUGUCCGUCCUGAAGGGUGGCGUGAUCGUAAAAAUCAGGAGAAACAAGGUAUUUUAUACCCCUGAUCAACACUCAAGAUUUGCAUCUACAACUGAAGAAAGAAUAUAUUCUUUACUCUCACCAACGAAAAUCACCUACAUUCUUUCUCUAAAUUCAAGCCCUAAUUUCCACUUCCCACCUUAAUCGCUACUCUCAGACCUCAAAUUUCUUCAAUCAAUCUAUAAAAAUGGCCUUCUGGUGGCCUCUAAUCGUCAUAGCAUUCGCUUACGUCAUCUGCAAGUUUCUACUCAUGCUCAUUCCUUCUAAUGUGCCUUCGAUCGACGUUGAUGCAUCCGAUGUUAUAGAUGAUGGACAUCCCAAAGAGAAUAGCUUCAUCUAUAUACCUUCAAGAAGACAAACCGACAAAGUCCAGUGCUAUGAGCCUGCAACAAUGAAGUACCUAGGCUACUUCCCAGCGCUGAAGCCUGACGAGGUUAAGGAGCGAGUAGCACAGGUUAGGAAAUCCCAGGUUGUAUGGGCAAAGGGUAGCUUCAAGCAAAGGCGUCAGUUCUUGCGUGUGCUUUUGAAGUAUAUUUUAGAACAUCAAGACCUUAUAUGCGAAGUCUCUUCACGUGAUACUGGAAAAACUAUGGUGGAUGCGUCUAUGGGAGAAAUAAUGACAACAUGUGAGAAAAUUACUUGGCUUCUUUCAGAGGGUGAGAAGUGGUUAAAACCCGAGCACAGAUCAUGUGGAAGAUCAAUGCUUCACAAGACAGCCAAGGUGGAAUUUCACCCCCUUGGUGUGGUUGGAGCUAUUGUAUCAUGGAAUUAUCCGUUUCAUAACUUGUUUAAUCCGGUUUUGGCGGCUGUAUUUUCCGGAAAUGGGAUAGUUGUCAAGGUUUCUGAACACGCAAGCUGGUCUGGAUGUUUCUAUGUGCGAAUUCUCCAAAGUGCCCUUGCAGCUGUCGGUGCUCCUGAAAAUCUUGUUGAAGUAAUAACUGGGUUUGCUGAGACGGGAGAAGCAUUGGUGUCUUCAGUUGACAAAAUGAUAUUUGUUGGGUCACCCGGUGUUGGUAAAAUGAUAAUGAGGAAGGCUGCAGACACAUUGAUACCAGUGACUCUUGAGCUUGGUGGAAAAGAUCCAUUUAUUGUGUGUGAAGAUGUAGAUGUGCCUCAUGUUGCACAAGUUGCCGUUAGGGCUGCCCUGCAAUCAAGUGGACAGAAUUGUGCUGGUGCAGAGAGGUUUUAUGUUCACAAAGACGUCUAUUCUGCAUUUGUAGCUGCCGUCGUCAAGAUCGUUAAAUCUGUUACAGCUGGUCCUCCUCAAUCAGGAAAAUACGAUAUGGGUGCGAUCUGCAUGCAAGACCAUUCUGAACGGCUGCAAAGCCUCAUAAACGAUGCGUUAGAUAAAGGAGCAGAGAUUGUCGGUGGCGGAAGUGUGAGAAACAUCAGUGAAGGUGCCGUUGAUCAAUACUUCCCUCCAACUGUCAUUGUAAACGUCAACCACCAAAUGAGGUUAAUGCAAGAGGAAGCUUUUGGGCCGAUAAUGCCAAUCAUGAAGUUUAGCUCUGAUGAAGAGGCUAUUAGGCUUGCAAAUGACUCGAAAUAUGGGCUCGGUUGUGCUGUUUUUUCUGGUAGUCAACGUCGUGCCAGAUUCAUAGCUUCACAGUUGCAUUGUGGAGUUGCUGCUAUUAAUGACUUUGCGUCCAAUUACAUGUGUCAGUCUCUCCCAUUCGGUGGUGUAAAAGACAGCGGAUUUGGGCGGUUUGCUGGUGUUGAAGGGUUGCGUGCUUGCUGCCUUGUAAAAUCUGUGGUAGAGGAUAGAUGGUGGCCUUUGAUAAAAACCAAAAUACCAAAGCCAAUUCAGUAUCCUGUUGCGGAAAACGCGUUUGAGUUUCAGCAGUCGCUCGUGGAGGCGUUGUACGGGUUCAAUGUGUGGGACCGGUUGCGAGCACUGGUUAAUGUUCUUAAAAUGCUGACAGAGCAAAACUCUCCGGUUAACACUAAGAGAAGCGACUGAAACAUUGGUCUUGUUUCUGUUGGAUUUUGGUGUGAACUCUUUAUUGGUCUCUGUUCGACUUUAAUGUAAAAUCGAAAUCCAAAUAAAAUGUACUUUCAGUGAAGACAGAACACGAAAAUCUUUGAUGUAGAAGGAAGUUGAAGAUUGUAAAUUCGGUUUUAGGUUCUUGUUAAUGCAGUUUCUUUACUUCUGCUUC